ACUCCCGGUUAAGUUACGAAAGUGUCUGCAUGGACGCGGACAGAGAGCUCUUCAUCCAGCAGCUCGUGGCGGCGUUGCAGGAGAACACGGCGCUGGCCGGUGGCGUUCCCUCUCUCUCCCCACGUUCUCCUGGUGCUGCUGAUGGCGGUUCUAGCUCUGACAGCUCAACAGAGGGCGAGAAAUCUCCGCAACAGUACACUGGGCUCUUCCUGUCCGAGUCCUACUCAACCCUCAGUGGAAAUACCGAGCGACUGGCGCGAAAUGCGUACAAGCAACUGCAGUUCGACUUUCCACAGCUUCAAGAGGCGUCAAUCAAUGCACUCGCGGAGCUCUACAGACGCGUAUCAGCUGAGAAGUCGACGCAACUUGUAGCUGCCGAGAUUCCAAUUACUGCCACAUUACUGGACGGUGUGGCAUUCCUGAACGACCAGAGCCCGUCCUAUGGCUCAAAUGCAACACAAACACCUCGCAGCUCGGAAAGCAGUGCGCUACUAGCAGCGUCGCUGUUUCUGCUGGUCUUCCGCUUAUGCUUGGAGUCGCCAGAGGACCCACGAGUGGAAAAACUGCUGUCAUCACUGGAGAUCAAACGAUCGCAACAACAGACCAGAAAAACCGAAACUUCUAGCAAUAAACCAGUACAGGAGGAAGCAGAAAGCGAGCUUGAGGAGAAGUAUGCGGCCCAGGAAGACCCAGACGACUUGAGUCAAGUAUACGAAGGACAGUUACCAGAGCCUCAAACUCAUGUUAUCCCCAUGUGGAACCAUCAGACGUCAGCUAUAUCGAGUACUUUAAGGAUCGAUAAACUCCGAUAUCUGGUGUCAUGCACGUUCUCCUCAUCUUUUGAAGGUGUAUCCAUGGAGAAGUGGGAGCAGUGGCGUCUGGAGGACGAACUCGUUGUCAUCAUGCGACUUCUAGUCGGUCACCCACCUGAAAACGACGACAAGAUCGAUGAAACAGAGAAAGACAAGCGCAAUACCUUACCUGCCACACUUUAUGGUCCUAUUGGAGAGUGGAGCAGGUACCUGUACGUGCUACGAGACCGAGUUCUGCGCUUCCCAGGCGCCAGUCGCAACGCUUUAUGGCGCCUGAAAGAGCUGAUAGAAUUCCUCCAGAGACACCAAACUGCAGCGAAUCCGCAUCACGGUAUCCAGCCGCAACAUUUGUUGUAUCGCGUGCUGGCGGAGCUGGCAAUUUCUCGAGAAUUCCAUCAAAGUGGCGCUCAGCGUGCACAACAAGGUCUGUCGCUGGUUAUCCAAGAACUAUUGCCAUUCAUCACGCAGGAGAUUCAUCAACUUGUACAGGUAUCAAGUGCUGCAGAGGCCGAUGACGGUGACGAGCUGGUUGUUGUGUUUCUGCAGCUGCUGCACUUCAUGCUCUUUGCAUCAUCCAACGCACGUACGACCACCGAGAAACUUCACGAAAGCGGCAUGUUGCGAACUCUCCUCAUGCUUCUACCAGCAUCUGAUACUGACAAGACGCAAGCUGUGUAUCUGGAGAAACGCUGGCUCCCAGCACUGCUGCGUCUUCUGGGCGAGUGUGCGCUGUGGCAUGCUGGCUUUGCUGUGUACAUUUCUCGAGUCCCGAAGUUCGUUAAACUACUUCCGACAUUGAGGGAGCCAUUUGUGGCUGAAGAACUGGUUCUCGGUCUUGCAUUUCACCAGCAUCAAGUGGCCAUUUCGGUGAAGAUGGACAUUUGGGGGACAUUUGUGUCCGAGUCAUUAUUCCCGCUAAAGUGCGAAUCGUAUCUUGAUGCGAUGAAGAAGCUUCAGGACGCCGUAUUUGUAUUGGACUGCUUGGAGAAGGCGCUUGUAGCGUUACGACCUGCGAUGCAGAAGGAGCUACAGCGCAGUUUACAGCCGAUCUACAUUGGUUUUGCGCGGUCGUUCGAGUAUCCAACGUUUGCUGCUGCGGAGGCAGCUCGACAGCAGGAAAUCGCGCAGCAAGCGUUGAGUUUAAAGGAGGAGGAUGACAAGGAGAAGAAGGAGGAAGAUCGUGGUCAAGCGGAGGCGCUGCAGUUUACGGCGCUGAGGAAUAAACUGCGACAGAGCGUCAAGUCGCUAUUGUCUGCGCUGUCAUCGGGCUUCGUCGGUGGUCGCGCGUCUUCCAAGUUAGACUGAGAAUUAGAUCAAGAUGGCUACAGUUUUGUUAACUCGCUAGAAAACGUGUCCAUUUCUAUUUCAAUGUGAUCCCAGCCAAUUAGAAUUCACGGAUACUGUAAUUUCAGUAGUCGACCUGUCCACUUCAACAG